GGCCACAGGAAUCAACCCACAAGUCCUGAUGGACCCCGCAAAGGGCGCGGCGAGACCCGGGCGCUUUUUCGGCGUCUAUCUGCUCUAUUGCCUAAACCCUCGGCACCGGGGCGGCGUUUAUGUGGGGUUUACCGUCAACCCUGCUCGUCGGGUCCAGCAGCACAACGGGGGUCGCAAGAAAGGCGGGGCUUGCAGGACAAGCGGGCGCGGACCUUGGGAGAUGGUGCUCAUCGUGCACGGCUUCCCUUCUGCCGUGGCCGCCCUUCGGUUCGAGUGGGCCUGGCAGCACCCGCACGCCUCGCGCCGCCUGGCGCACGUGGGUCCGCGCCUACGUGCCGAGGCCGCCUUUGCUUUCCACCUGCGCGUGCUUGCGCACAUGCUGCGCGCGCCGCCCUGGGCUCGCCUACCGCUCACCCUGCGCUGGUUGCGCGCCGACUUCUCCCGUGAUCUCUGCCCGCCGCCGCCGCCGCACGUGCCCCUAGCCUUUGGGCCUCUGCCUCCCCGGGCUUCUGCUCCGAGGCGCCCUGCAGUUCCCUUUGCUGACACACAGUCCGAGCCGGACCAGGCCCCUGAGGCCUGUUGCUCCGUGUGUGGGCGUGUGCUCAAGGAUGAAGAGGGCCCCCUCUGUUGCCCCUAUGCUGGCUGCUCCCUAAGAGCCCAUAUGAUCUGCCUGGCAGGGGAGUUCCUACAAGAGGAGCCAGGGCAGCUUCUGCCCCUGGAGGGCCAGUGCCCCGGUUGUAAGAACUCACUGCUGUGGGGAGACCUGAUCUGGCUGUACCACAUGGGCACCAAGGAGGAAGAGGAGGACCUUGAAUUAGAAGAGGAACACUGGACAGACUUGCUGGAGACCUGAUCCUCAGUAUCCCCAACCCUCCACACACUUCUGUGCCACCCCCUGUGGGUCUCGGAAGUUUUUACUUGAGCACAAUAAAAAGUCUGAGUUAAGG